AUGAAGAAUAUUCCCAGGAAAAUGCUUAUAAUUUUGCUUUUUCAUUCAAUUUAUUUGAUAUCCUUGAGUUCAACAUUUAAAUUUUCUAAGAAGUUGGAGGAUAUCAGGAACAAGUGGAAGAAGUUCUCGAAGGGAAAGGGCAAGGGACAGGAGAUUCUCCUGGAGAUUAACGAGUUGGAGUAUCCGAAGGCGAACAAAACCCUGAGGGCCUUCCACGAGGAGAGGUGGAAGGAUUAUUACAAGUGCCUGGAGAUGAGGCAUGCUGCAGCUGGAGUUCAUAAGACUCUUUAUCCUGCCGCGGUGGUGACAAUGCAAGGAUCUUCAGUAUUACUCGACUGCGGAAUUUGCAUCUCCCCAAGCGAAGUUCACACAACAGAAUCAAUCGAAUGGUUCUACAACAGCACGACGGAUGGUAAUUCGACGAAUGUGCCAGUGAAUAGCGACGGAUACACCAUAAUUUCCUCGAGCGACAGGAGCCUCCACAUGUUCAACAUUGGUGCGGACAGAGAGGGCUUUUACUGGUGCCAAUUGGAGGACACAAUGUCCAAUCCGUUUUACGUGCACGUCAAUAACGAAACGGAGUCGCUGAGGGCUGUGCAGGGGGAGGAGGCACCUGAUGCCCUCCAUCCCGAGCCUCCGGAGGUCAUCGAGGAGUACGGGCUGAGGGUUUUCACCGACUGGGCCACGUGGUCCAGCUGCUCUAGGUGCGAUGGUGUGGGGAGGAAACAGCGGUAUGGAUAUUGCACGAUAGAACUGGUGAAUUAUGGAGGGAGGGAGGUCCGGCGGAGGAGGAAUGAGGACAUUGAAGAACCAAUGGAAUCCGACACAGACCUCUCAUCCCUGAUCGAAAGAAUCCUCAUUUUCUUCGGUAAUAAACUCCCCUGCAGAUCCUUCUACACUCCCAAGAGGAUCCAAGAACUACCCCAGAUAAAGAAACGAAUGAACGAAGUGAUGAGAAAAUUCUGCAAAGUCAAAUGCCAGGAGAAUGUCAUCUUCGAGAUACGAGACAAGUAUGGUAAUGUCAUCGAGAGUGCAAACAACAGCGCUGGAGUUUAUUCGGUAUUUCAGGGUGUGCCUGACCCCCUGCCACCAGUUCAGCGUGAGACAUUGUAUAGUAAACAUAACAGUAAAGUGGAAUUGAAAUGCCCUGGAAAUCUGGACAGUGACACUCCAAUCACAUGGCAAAUAGCCAGCAAAACCGUGAAUCCAUCCUCAAUAAGUCAGGAUUCAAACGGAAGAAUAUCCCUAGACACUCACGAUCGAUUGAUCUUCAAGAAAUUGCGUUUCGCAGACUCCAAUGUGUACAGCUGCUGGCAGAGGGGUAAACUUGCAGGGACUAUAAGACUCGAAGUCACUUAUGAAAUUGAAAUGAAGGCUGACCAUCGAGUCAUGAUGGUUGGGGCCAUUGCCAUUGUUUCGACUUUUCUCAUUGUCUUCUUGCGUGCAUUCAGGGGCAGAAAAAGAUACACUAAACAUUGA